AGCGGAGAUGAGAGAGAGAGAGAGAGAGAGAGAGAGAGAGAGAGAGAGAUUUUGCUCGUCGUAUUGUUGAUUUUCUCGUGAAAAAUCUCGGUUGGAAUUAUCGUCACCGGAUGGAAAUCUACGCAGAUCCGAACUGAGGAAAAAACAAAAGGGAAGGUGAGGAAUGGGGGCGAUCGGCGGGGAGGAAUUGAGGGAGUGGGAGAGAAUGCAGGAGGCAGCAGCGGCGGCGGCUGCUGCGAAUGCGAACAGGGAGAGGAUUCUGGUGUCGGUGAGGCUGAGGCCUUUGAGCGACAGGGAGGUUGCGAGGAACGAUGUGUCAGAUUGGGAAUGCAUCAGCGACAGUACCAUCAUUUUCAGGAAUAGUCUUGCUGAGCGCUCUAUGUCGCCAACUGCAUAUACCUUUGACAGAGUAUUUCGGUCUGAUUCCUCCACAAAGCAAGUGUACGAGGAGGCAGCCAAGGAAGUUGCUCUUUCAGUCGUCAGUGGCAUUAACGCGAGCAUUUUUGCGUAUGGGCAAACUAGCAGUGGAAAGACAUACACAAUGAAUGGGAUAACCGAGUAUACAGUAGCUGAUAUAUACGACUAUAUACAACGGCAUGAGGAAAGAGCAUUUGUAUUGAAGUUCUCAGCUAUUGAGAUAUAUAACGAAGCUGUUAGGGAUCUCCUUGGCACUGAUGGGACUCCGCUCAGGAUUCGUGAUGAUCCGGAGAGAGGACCUAUCGUGGAGAAACUUACGGAGGAAAUUCUGAGGGACUGGAGACAUAUGCAGCAUCUCCUUUCCAUUUGUGAAUCUCAAAGACAGGUGGGGGAGACCUCCUUGAAUGAAGCUAGCUCCCGGUCUCAUCAAAUUCUCAGACUGACAAUUGAAAGCUCUGCUCGUGAGUUCUUGGGCAAGGACAACUCAAGCACCCUUUCUGCCAGUGUGAAUUUUGUCGAUCUUGCUGGUAGUGAGCGUGCAUCUCAAGCAUUGUCAGGUGGUGCAAGAUUGAAAGAAGGUUGCCACAUCAAUCGCAGUUUGCUGACCCUGGGAACUGUCAUUCGCAAGCUAAGCAAGGGAAGAAAUGGACACAUUCCAUAUCGCGAUUCAAAGCUAACACGCAUACUGCAACCUUCCCUUGGAGGCAAUGCUAGAACUGCCAUCAUUUGCACACUGAGCCCUGCACGAAGCCAUAUUGAGCAAUCCAGAAAUACCCUCUUGUUUGCAACUUGUGCAAAAGAAGUGGUUACUAGUGCGCGUGUCAAUGUUGUUAUGUCUGAUAAGGCAUUGGUAAAGCAUUUGCAAAAGGAAUUGGCUAGACUGGAGAGUGCACUGAGAAGUCCAGGGCCAACUUCCGUUACAUCUCAUUCCCAGGCCUUACUGAGAGAAAAAGAUGCUAAGAUUCGAAAGAUGGAAAAAGAGAUAAAAGAUCUAAUACAGCAAAGAGAUCAUGCUCAAUCUCGGCUUGAGGUUUUAAUUCGUGUGGUAGGAGAAGAUCAAGCUUCACGACUAUGGUCAGAGUUUAGUCAUCCCCCUGCAUCUACUGCACUGACUGCAUGUGAAGAUGAAGUUUCGGUAUCAGAAUCAUCAGGUGUUGUUGACCAAUGUCUAGAUUUUGGCUGGACAAAGUUCAACAUUUCUCAGUAUUCAGAAGAGUACAGUGGCACUGAUUGCAAUGAGCACUACCCACAGCUUUCUGAAAUUCCAGAAGACCAAGUUCGGUCCGGUGAUACCUCUCCUCGUCUGUCAGUUAAUAGUCCUAGAUUCAUUGGACGAGGUCCACAACAGCAUGGAGAAAGGAUCGGUCAUGAUAGUGAUGAUGACCUUGAGGACCCUUGCAAGGAAGUUCGCUGCAUUGAGAUGGAAGAGUCAACUACAAGCAGAAAUGGACAACCCAAUGCCUUGUUGGCUCAAGGAAAUGAAAGGCUGCUACCUUGGAUAGUAAAUGGCAAUGUGCAUUCAACAGGCCGGGAAUUGGUACCCACAGCAAAUGUACCUAGAGAGUUGAGGCAUGUUGAUAGAAGUCUUACAUAUGGUGCACUAGACCAACAACUUCAGGGAGAGCAGAGAACCAUAAGCAAUCUUGUUAGAUCAUAUGAAGAUGGAUCAUCACCGUGGCCCUUAGCAGCAGAUUUAUCUAGCUCAAGGAGCUUGUGUUUGACUAAAAGCAGAAGUUGUCGAGCAAGUCUCAUGACUAGCUCAUCUUCUGCUAGGUUUCAGGAGGCAGAACAAAACGAGUACACUCCACCAAGAUUGUUUGACAAAGACUUUCCUAGAAACGAUGGUGGCUUUCAGAGAAGACCUUGGGCAUUGAAGUAUGGUACUGGAGUUGAAAUGUUAUCAAGACAACAUUCUCAGAAUUCAGAAUGCAGUAGUACUACUGAUGUUCUCAAAAUGCAGAAUGCCAAGACUGCUUCUGAUGAGAACAUAACCAGCAUCCAUAGUUUUGUUGCGGGACUGAAGGAGAUGGCUAGACUUCAACAUCAGAAGCAGCUUGUUGAUGGCCAGGAGUCAGAACCAAAGGCUCAUGAAGACUUCGGAUCUGAAAGGACUUCAAAGGACGUAGGCCUGGAUCCAAUGCAAAAUCCUAUGGAAUCUCCAUCAUGUUGGCCCUUGGAAUUUGAGAGGCAACGAAGGGAGAUAAUUGAGCUUUGGCAUGCUUGCAAUGUUUCAUUGGUCCACAGAACUUACUUUUUCCUGCUAUUCAAAGGUGAUCCAGCAGACUCAAUUUACAUGGAAGUGGAGCUGAGGAGGCUCUGCUUUCUCCGGAACUCAUUCUCUCAGGGAAAUCUUGGUAAACCGGUUGUGGAAGAUGGCCGUGUUGUCACGCCAGCUUCAAGCAUGAAGACUCUCCGACGGGAGAGGGUGAUGCUGAGCAAGAAAAUGCAGAAGAGUUUCUCAGUGGAGGAAAGGAGUAACCUUUACAAUAAGUGGGGAAUUGGGUUGUUUACAAGGUGGAGGAGACUACAGCUGGCCAACCGCUUAUGGACCGAGACGGCUGACAUGGACCACAUCACAGAGAGUGCUGCUAUUGUUGCAAAGGCCAUUGGAUUCAUACAGCCAGGGCAGGCCUUCAAGGAGAUGUUUGGCCUCAGCUUCACACCUCGGAGGACUAGCCGCAGAUUCCAUGGCUGGAAACAUAGUGUUCCCUACCUCCUGUAGGAUCAUGUAUGAGCAAUUGUUGCAGAAAAGGUGGUGGUGAGCCAUGCAUGCAGCAAUUGGAUCUCAACAACCAUUUGGCUUGGGUCGAUUGGCAUAUUUGAAAUUUAGUUAAUCACAUUGCUAUUUCUGAUUGAUUGUGAUUUUUCUGACUACGAUUGAAUUGUAAAUUUACUUGGACUAUAGCUUAUACAAAGUGAUGAUGAGUUGCCACUGC